AUGGUGAGAGACAAUCUAUGCAUAACGGUUCCGAGCUUCUUCAAGUGCCCUAUCUCACUCGAUGUCAUGAAAUCCCCUGUGAGCCUCUGCACCGGAGUUACCUACGACCGUUCCAGCAUCCAACGCUGGUUAGAUAACGGUAACAACACUUGCCCCGCAACCAUGCAGGUUCUUCAAACCAAGGAUUUCGUUCCUAACCGCACUUUGCACAGCCUCAUCCGGAUCUGGUCCGAAUCCGUUACGCACCGGGUUGACCCGCCCGAUUCCAAAUCGGUCCUUUCACGUGACCAGGUCCUCCAAGCCAUCAUCGACAUGGACACUCGCAGUGAAAACCGGUUCAGCUCGCUCGUAAAACUGGUUCGGUUCGCUGAAGAUUGUGAAGAUAACCGAGUCUUCCUUGCGAAAAUAAACCGCUUAGUGCCCCUGCUGGUUGGUUUCCUCGACAAUGUCGACGGCGGAGUAACAGGAAGCGUUGAUUUUCUCGAACAAGUUGUGAAGGCGUUGAGUUUGGUCAUGGAUAAAAUCGAAGAUUGCGAGGGAUUGAAAGACUCUAUGUUGAAGGGAAAAAGUGGCUGCUUAGAUUCUCUGCUUCUCGUUCUGCAACGAGGAAGCUCCGAUUCAAAGAUUGCCUCAGCUAGGGUUUUGAAUUUCAUCGCUCUGGACACCGAUUCGAAGCUCUUGAUCGCCGACAAGGAAGGCCUGGUAAACGAAUUGCUGAAUUUAGUGACGCCGGAGAAAGAUCCGGCGCUAAUCGAGAUCGCCUUGGCGAGCUUGGUGGCGAUCUCAACGCCGAAACGGAACAAGCUGAAACUCGUGAACCUCGGAGCGGUGAAGACGCUAUCGGAGUUGCUAUCGGAGUCGAAUUUGAACGUGGCGGUGGUGGAGAAGGUGCUGAAGCUGAUGGAAACGACGUCGUCGACGAGGGAAGGGAGGAGGGAGAUAUGCGAGGACGCGGCUUGCUUGGCGGCGAUACUGAACAAGGUUCUGAAGGUGUCGAGCGUGGCGACGGAGCACGCGAUGACGACGCUGUGGAGUGUUUGUUAUCUGUUUGGGGAUCACAAGGCACAAGAAGCGGUUACGCAUGCGAAUGGCUUGACCAAGAUUCUGUUGUUGAUGCAGAGCAAUUGUUCGCCUCAGGUGCGCCAAAUGUGCACCGAUUUGCUCAUGAUUUUUCGGGUUAACUCUAAAUCGUGCCUUUCUUGCUACGACACCAAAACCACACAUAUCAUGCCGUUUUGA